AGCGAACAAAAUGGGCCGGGCCGUAUCGUGGAGGGUAUAAAUAGCACGCGGCACAAUCUUCCCGAAACCCUAGUUUUGGAUCGUGGGAGAGGAGGAUUCUUCGUUGCCGUCGCUGCCGCCUCCAGUUCGCCGCACGCCGCUAUGGGUAAGGUGCACGGUUCUUUGGCUCGCGCGGGGAAGGUCCGAGGUCAGACGCCGAAGGUGGCGAAGCAGGACAAGAAGAAGAAGCCCCGUGGAAGAGCCCACAAGCGCAUGCAGUACAACCGCCGCUUCGUGACUGCUGUUGUUGGAUUCGGGAAGAAGAGGGGUCCAAACUCGUCCGAGAAGUAAAGUCAGCGAUGAUGGUACCAAAAUGAAAUUUUUAGCUCUUUCCCCCCAAUUUUCUGGCUCAUGCUUAUGCCUCAUUGUCUUUCUUAUGCAUUUGAAUCCUUGUUCCCCUAUGUAGAAUGGUUAAGUGGUAGAUGACUUUGAACUGUGGAAUUGUGUAGUAAGGUGUGUCGUUUAAUCAUCAGUUGCUUUGCAUUAACUUCA